AUGCAAGCAAAGAGCAAGAGGCGCCAGCACAUUCUGCAAAGUCUAGAAACAGUUCGAAAGACGUCGGUGUACGACAUAGAGUAUAACAUGGACGAAACCGACCGGGAGAUACUUGCAUGUUUGCAGCAGAGCCAUCCAUGGGUCAACGAAGAAACAUACGAGCUGGUUAUGGACAGGCUGGAAAAAGAGCAUCAUUUUUUGCAACGGAUUGCCAUGACAAAAAUAUCAGAUAGCGAUGAAUUGUCUGAUGAGUGCAAUAUUUGCGGGGAAAAGGAAACAGAAGACGACGAUUUCCUUGUGUUUUGCGAUGGGUGCAACAUUGCAGUGCACCAGUCCUGCUACGGCGUCCCAAACAUUCCGGAGGGGAACUGGCUGUGCCGCCCCUGCCUGCUGGCCCCCAAAAAAACGAUAAGCUGCAUUCUGUGCCAAAACCCGGGGGGUGCGUACAAAAGAACCAGCAACGGGUUCUGGUGCCACGUUCUGUGUGGAACCUUGGUUCCUGGGGCCCGGUUUGAAAACGCGUCUCUGGUUGAGCCCAUUGACACAGAGGACGUCCACAGAAGCCAGAACCAGUGCAUUGAGUGCGGCCUCAAAAAGGGGGCAGUUGUGCCGUGCGGAUACUACGGGUGCAGGCGCUCGUAUCAUGCUACGUGCGCUGUGCUGUGCGAGCGGUACAUCGACUUGGCAAACUGCAUUGUCUUUUGCCACGACCACGACCCGCAUAGGAAGGCUGAAAAUAUUCUCACGCGGUCUCCAGACGCAAACUAUCCUAUACUGGAGCACACGCCCAAAAUACGCCGCCCUGUUUUGCUGUGGACUCCCCAGCGGAGAAUCCACUCGGAAAUAGAAAGCGUGCCAAUCAAAAUUUCCGACUAUGUUGUUAACACUAUUGUUCUACGGGACCUGGACAACUGCCCAGAUGCCUCUCAGCUGGUUAAGGACAUGUUUGCAGUGUGGCAGGUGCGGAAGAAGGACCGGCCCAUUAUAAAGCGGCUUCGAAUCGACGCGUUGCCGGACGGCUUUAGAAGGUGGGGCGCCAGAAAGAUGCCCCACGUGAACAUUCCGAAGGACAGCCUGCAGGUUCUCAAAGAGUUCUCGCUUCCUAAGGAGAUUUGCCUGCCAGAAGCUGACCAGAGCCUGUAUGAAAUGGCUGUGCUGGGGGUGCACAGGACACAGAUGUCUUUAAAGGCCUUGGAGCAGGAGAUGCACGCAAUUAACAAAAACACGCUGAAGCUAGAAACAGACCGAAUGCUGCUGAUUUCCAAGUUUAUUCCAGGGUACACGCAUAUGCAAUGGCUUUUCAACAGCCUAGCCCGGACAGACAAGCACGAUCUUUUCAAAGAGGCGGUGACUGACGACAUCGCGCCCGGAUACUCAUCGAUGAUACAGCACCCUGUCUCGCUGGACAUGAUAAAGAAAAAGAUCAGCAAGCUGAAAUACAAGUCAUACGAUGACAUGCUAAAGGACGUGGAAACAUUAGUUGCCAAUGCAUACAAGUACAACGGAAGAGAGUCUUUCAUAGGGAUAGAAGCAAGCCGCUUGGAAGAGGUGCUUGGAUACUGGGCGCUGAAAAAGAACAGCUUGGUUUUGGCCCGCCUGCUUCCCCAGCCUUAUCUGCCGUACGUGGUUGUAUGCACCGAAAUGGACACAAUGCGGGAUGCGCUGGAAAUAAAGGACCUGCUGACAGGACAUACUUAUCUAAUUGAGAGGGACCGGGCAAUUAAAAUAGACAGCGUGCAGGCAGGCCGGGCCCGGAUAGCUGAGCUAAAUAAAGCAACAGGAGCCACGCCUUCGCAAGAAAAAGAGCAGCAAAGAUACAUGGAGGAGUACGCACAUAGAUAUGCAAGCCUGUAA